CAAAUCGAAUCCUAGUUUCGAAAUUCCCAUACCAGUCGCCAUCUUAUUGCGCUAAUUCCGGGCCAUCUUCCGAUCAAUUCCCGGCGGCUUCUGAUAGUUUCCCACCACUUUCCGGUCUGAUUUUCGUCUGUUUUACCUCUGCAACUUCAUAUAUAUUUCCAUUGGCGGGGCUUCAAAGUUCUAACUAGGGUUUAGGCGUCGUUUCUCUCUUAAUUCAAACCCCGGUUUUGUUCUUAUUGAUGGAGCUUUAAGUUAUGGUUUCUGCAUGGAACCUGUCUCAAUUCAACCCUAGUUGUGUUCUCUGUUCCAGAGCUUCAAACUAAGCUGGGAACUAGGGUUUAUCCAUGGUGUUUUUCUGAUUUUACUAUUUGAAAAUGGCGGAAUUAAACCACAAGCACCACACAUUGAUCCAAGCUCUGCUAUCGCGGGGACCUUUGAAAGAAAAAGACUUUCAUUUGAUGUUUACUGACCUUACUGGAAAGCCUGCUGGUGGUAAUCAGGGGAAAUUUAACGAAUACCUACUUAAAAUAAACAAGCAGCUGUCCUAUGUGCAAUUCGAGCUACGUGCAUGCCGAAAUCAGUAUGAUGGUGAUGUUUAUUAUGGCGUAGUUAAUAGUGUAGCUGAUGAACAAGCAAAAUUUGGAACCAAGUUUUCCAAUCCACAGAUUGUGUACUUUAAGGCUAUUAUAGAAGCUAUUGUACAAGAUGCUUCGGGCCAGGGGAGUAUAUCCAACAUUGACGCUUUAAAUAUCCGUCUCGAAGACCAGAUCGGACAGGACUCUCGGAGUAGCGACUCUCAAGUGCCUGCCGCAUUUAAACAAUUCACCAUGUCUCAGAAAGAGAAAACUCUCGAUGAUCUUGUGCAGAACCAAUGGCUCUGUUUCACUGGGGAUAGGAGGAUUGGCCUUGGUGUCCGUUCCUUUCUUGAUCUAAGAAGCUGGUUUAGGAACAUGAGCAUUCCAUCCUGUGAUGUCUGCAAUGAAGCUGGGAUCAAGGCAGAAUCAUGCCCUAAUGGACGCUGCAGUGUCCGGAUCCAUGAUUACUGCUUAAGGAAGAAAUUCUCAACAAAAAAGGCAGCUAUGGUUUGCCCGAGCUGUGAAACUGCAUGGCCGGUUGUGGAAACAAGGGAUGAGGAAGUAGGAGAAGAAAUUGGACAUGUUGAUCCUCCACGAUCAUCAAGAAAGAAGCUUAGGACCUGCAAAGCCGAAUCAGUCAACAACUUUGAAGCAGGCCCAUCUCAGCUCUCUCAGCCCGUCACCCGGAGGGUGACCCGAAGUUCUCAACACCUUAGGUGAACCAGUGACCCCCCACUCCACCUCUCUCUCUAAGCUUUGUGGUUUGGGCCAGUAAGAUUUGACCUAUGAUGCCUGUUAUUACGGAGAUUUGCAAAGAAUCGGUUCAGUUUUUACCGGCAUGCUUAUUUGCG